AUGUCUGCAACGCCCUCUUCCACGCCGGCAUCGCUGCCCGCACCAGCCCCGACAGGCGCCGCGCAAGACGUGCAGAUGGGCGAUGCUACCGCCGACGCCGAGUCGCAGCCCCUCCCAUCGGACGCCAACAAGACCCUCUACCUCAACAACCUCAACGAAAAGGUCAAGCUGCCCAUCAUGAAGGAGACUCUCCAGAACCUCUUCACAAACUACGGAAAGGUCCUCUCGGUCGUCGCCCACGACAACCACCGCAUGCGCGGCCAGGCCUUUGUCGUCCUCGAGGACGAGAGAAUCGCAGACAAGGCCAGGAGAGAGGUGCACAACUUCCCCCUCUACGGCAAGCCAAUCCAGGUCAAUUUUGCCAGGACAAAGAGCGACGCAGCGGUCCUCAAGGAGACGGGCGGCUCGCAGGAGAUGGACGAGUUCAAGCAGCACAAGCAAGCCCGGCUCGAGCGCAAGAAGAUUUCGCGACGAGACAACCCGCUCAGGAGAAAGGAGCUCGAAAAGAAGAUCCGCGCAAAGAAAGCUGCUGCCGGAGAGCUCGACGACGAGACGAUGGAGGCCGCCGCCGGGCCCUCGGCUGCGCGCCGGCCCGGUCAGGAGAUGCCAGACGAGUACCUGCCGCCCAACAAGACCCUCUUCCUGCAAAACAUCCCCGACGGCGUUGGCAAGGGCGAGCUCGAGUCGCUCUUCUCCGGCUACUCGGGCUACACCGACAUCCAGACGAUCCCGGGCAAGGCGUCGAUUGCCUUUGUCGAGUACGCCGACAUCCCAUCGAGCGUGGCCGCGCGCAGCGCUCUCAACGGCUACAACUUUGGCGCAGGCGACAAGCUCAAGAUCACGUUUGCGCGCGCAUAG